AUGGCAAUUAAGUGCAGUGCGUGCGGUAAAUACAUGUCUCCGCAAGAUGGCGCUAAUGUUACUUGUACAAAGUGCAAUAAACAGCUACAUCGUACGUGUGUAGGCAUCGCAGUGGGCGCUUCACUAAUGCCAUCCUGGGCUUGCCCUGAAUGCAAAUUGAAAGAAAAACGUUGCAACAAGGACACAACGCCGGUAAAACCCGCAACAAUGACUGUUGCUAAUUUGAGUGAGGUUUCAAACCUCGGGGAGGAAUUGCGAUGUUUCCGAGAAGAAAUGCGGCAAACCCACGAAGAAUUUCGGGCAUUCAGAGAAGAACUUCAGGACAUAAGAACCCUUGUCAGCAAAUGCGAUGUUCGUUUAGAUAAGCUCGACAAUACGGUCCAAACUAUCCUGGAAUCCCAAGAGCAAUAUGGCUCUCAAGGAUUCAAAAUUGAAAUCCUAAAACUCGAGUCGACCGUCAAUCAGCUGAAAGCCGACUUAAACGAUAGGGACCAGGAGUUGCUUGCAAAUGACGUCGAAUUAAGUGGCAUUCCAGAGGAGAGUGGGGAGAACCCAACACACUUGGUUCUAUCAGUUGUGACCAAGCUUGGUGUUCAUUUGGAGGAAAAGGAACUGGUCCAUUUUAACAUUCUUAUAAUAUCACAAACCUACAACAACAUAAAUAGAGUAAUGAGACAAGCUCAGAGUAGGAACAAUUAUUGUGAGUAUUACUCUGAUAUUUGUUGGUCAAAGAUGUCAAUUGUGAAUAUUCCUUUAUAUCAUACAACAUGA